UGUUAUCUGUCGUGAUAAAAAAUGCAAAUGGGCUGUGAGGGCUGUAAGACUAGAUGGUGUCCAAAUGUUUCAGAUACGAAGAUUUAAAUCAAAACAUACAUGCUCUAUUGAUUUUCGUCAAGGCAAACAUCGCCAAGCAACCUACCGCACUGUUGGAGAGCUUAUAUCGCAUAAAUUUUUGGAUGCAUCGAGAAAACCUUAUAAGCCAAAUGAAAUAAGAGAAGACAUGCUCCUGAAUCAUGGUAUUUCCAUUUCUUACACGCAGGCAUGGAAAGCUCAGAAAAUAGCUAUGCAGAAACAGUUUGGCUCAGAUUAUGAAUCAUACCAAAUGCUACCGUCUUUGGCGUAUGCUCUUGAAAAGGCAAACCCGGAUUCUCUAUUUUCUCUUGAAACUUCAGAAGAUGAUACCUUUCGUUAUUUUUUCAUGUCCCUCUUACCUUGGAGGGAGGCGUGGAAGUAUUGCAGACCAGUUCUAAUUGCAGACGGGUCAUUUUUGAAGGCGUACUACAAGGGUACCCUUCUCACAGCUUGUGCUCAAGACGCAAAUGACCAAAUUGUCCCACUAGCAUUUGGUAUAUGUGAUUCAGAGUCUAAAGAGUCUUGGCUGUGGUUUUUUCAAAAGUUCGUGAAGCAUUAACGUUCCGCGAGGACAUGUGCAUUGUAUCAGAUAGACAUAAGGGCUUGCUUAGUGCAGCAAAAAAGAUUUUUCCACAUGCUGGUCAUGGAUAUUGUGUUGAGCAUUUGCGUCGUAACAUGAUUUCUAAAUUCAAGGGCUCAGCGAUUGAUUUAGGUUGGAAGUUCAAAGCGGCUUAUAUGGCUUCAACUGUGAAGGAG